AAACGCCGCAGGGGCGUAACGUUAGCUCUGAUUUCCAUCGUGCUCGUAUGUUAUGACACCGCUCUUGAGUGAGAACGAGUGAAAUCCUAAAGAUGUCUCUCUACCGAAACACAGUUUGGUUACUGAAGGGUCUACAGGAAUAUACGAAGGGCGGUUAUGAGGCAGCGGCGAGGAGCUUCAGCGAGGCGGAUCUGGAGGUGAAUGUGAGCGGCCGCUCGUUCAUCAUCACCGGAGCGAACAGCGGCAUCGGUAAAGCCGCCGCCUGCGAAAUCGCCAAAAGAGGUGGGACAGUACAUCUGGUGUGCAGAAAUGAAGAUCGUGCAAAUGAGGCAAGGAAAGACAUUGUGGAGAGAUGUAAAAAUGAGAUCAAUAAUGCUGGUUGCAUGGUCAAUCAGAGAGAACUGACAGAGGAUGGCCUGGAGAAAAACUUUGCGACAAACACACUAGGGACGUAUGUACUGACAACAGCGCUGAUUCCCACACUGAAGAAGUCAGAGAAUCCCAGAGUGAUCACUGUGUCAUCUGGUGGGAUGCUGGUUCAGAAGUUAAAUGUAGAGGACCUUCAGUUUGAGAAAGGCUCUUUUGACGGCACCAUGGCCUAUGCACAGAACAAGAGGCAACAGGUGAUCAUGACAGAGCAAUGGGCAGCUCAGCACAAAGAAAUCCACUUCUCGUCCAUGCACCCAGGCUGGGCAGACACCCCAGCUGUGCAGUCAUCCAUGCCAGAUUUUCAUGCAAAAAUGAAGAAUAAACUCCGUACAGAAGCUCAAGGUGCAGACACAGUGGUGUGGCUGGCCAUAUCAGAUGCCGCCAGCAGACAGCCCAGCGGCCUCUUCUUCCAAGACAGAAAAGCGGUUUCUACGCAUUUGCCUCUGGCCUCCUCCAGGUCUUCACCAGCUGAAGAACAGAAGCUGAUGAGCAAGCUGGAGGAGCUCGCUGUGAAAUUCAAGUGUUAAUUGUUUGGGUUAGCGGCCAAAUUCACAGAAGCCAUCAUUCCACACACAGACUGUGAUAUUCAUUCUCAAUAACGGUGAGAAUUGCAGAGAUGUGAAAAGCUCAUGAAUACUAAAACAAAACGGCUUACCAAAACAACCUGAAAUGUUUCAAAUAUUUCAAACCUAUUGUCUGUUCUUCAAACAAAUACACUCCAAAGCAUUUUUUAUUAUACUUGUUUGUGGAAAGAAACUAGUACAUCCACUCUUUGCAAUGGCUGUUUUUUUUUUUUUAGUUUAUCGAUUUUUAAGUCAAAUGACAUCUGUGUUUAACAUUCUGCAUUAAUUGUUUGCAGCCUUACCUCUAACAUGAAUGUUGAAGCUGCUGUGUUAAAUGAGUAGAACAACCUCAAGGAAUUGAGUUUGCAUGCUUGAUGAAUCAGACAACUGUUUCAGUAUGUAAAUAGCAGAUUAUUUUAUUCAUAAAUCUAAAACUGCUAUUCCAAAAAACAAACUGACAUCAAGAACAUGCUAUGCAACUCUACCUAUAACUCAUAUUCAAAUUAAACAAUUACAUGUGAAGAUAAAUAGGAAGAAAUAUUCUAGACCUGCCCCUUAAAUACACUUACAAAUGAGUUUGUAGUUAACUAGCUAGUUAUUAACUAAAAAUUACUUUUUAUUUUUUGUCUAUUUGUUACGACUGACAUGAUUCUUAAUUAAAGAUAAUAAUGAACAAUUAAUCUCUGUCUCAAUCUUUUAGGGAAGUCAUUAUUAUAUGUU